AUGAAGGCUAUUGCAUUGCUGCUCUGUCUGGCUCUAACCCGCGACAUCGCGGGCAGCAUCUUCCGACAUGAGUACUAUCCUCAAAGGGACCGCUUAACGGUCCAACAGCUGGACUACAACGAUCAACAGUCAACCACACGAAACGAGAAAACACACCAAGAGUACAACCAUAAGUACCACCAUCACCACAGUUCCAGCGGGAGCUCUGAAAGCAAGGAGAAGCCCUUUGAAGACAUGAACAACGACUACGCCACCAUUCAGUCUGUGAAGAAUUGGAACACGCCUCUGUUCUCAGCAAUCAUAAACCCGGAUAAUGCAAGGCCGACGUAUGGAGACGUUAUCACCUGGAAAGGCGUACAAUUUGCCGCUGGGCCUAAUUCGCCCGUUAGUGACCAAAAGGACAUAGAAAAAAUCUUCAAAGAAGCCUAUAAUACCAUGAAGCACUUCACUGAGGCGGAAAAGAAGGCUUUCCACGCUGCUUACCAGACCGCCCACAAAAUUGAAAACGAGGACGUUCAUUUGAACUCAUCUCAAUUACUCAAAAAGUACCAAUACCACGUUGAAGAAUAUACGGUCAAAACCGACGAUGGCUAUUUCCUCAACAUAUUCCGUAUCUUACCGAAGCAGUAUGAGGAUGUAGAGUACAAAAAAGAUAAACCAGUAGUUUUUCUCGCUCACGGUCUACUCGGAAGUUCUGACGACUGGCUGUUGAUGGGUCCGAAGAAAUCCCUUGCAUAUAUGCUCUCCGACGAAGGCUACGAGGUCUGGCUCGGCAACACACGUGGAAAUAAAUACGCCAAGCGUCAUGCUAGCAAGCACCCAGCGCAACCAGACUUCUGGCAGUACAGCAACGACGAAGUCGCCCUCCAUGACACGCCAGCCAUGAUCGACUACGCCCUUAAGAUAUCCGAACAGAAGAAACUUUACUACGUUGGCGUUUCCGAAGGAGCAACAACCAUCUUCGCUCUAAUGGCUUCACGACCAGAAUACAACGAAAAAAUUGCCAGUGUACACGCCAUCUCCCCUAUGGUAUACAUGACGAAGGUCCGAAGUCCGCUUCUGCGCAUGAUCGCUCCUAACAGUCCCUUCUAUGAACGUUUAGAAUACCAGUUAGGAAGGGGCGAAUUCAAGCCUUCCAAGGAACUGAUUCAGACGUUAGGCGGAGACAUGUGUGAGAGGGAAAUUGGCUGUAAGAACGUGUGCUCCAACGUUUACUUUGUAAUGUCCAGCGUUGGUGAUGUGGACGUUGAGCUCAUUCCUGUUAUCAUGGGCCACCAUCCAACAGGCGGAUCUACACGACAGAUGCAACAAUAUGGACAGGCUGUCGCAUCUCAUGAAUUCAGGAAGUUCGAUUAUGGACCAGAAAUCAACCAGAAAGUCUAUGGAACAGUACAGCCACCGAAGUUCGAUAUGUCGAAAGUUCAAGUACCGGUCGCAUUGUACUCUUCGAAGAUGGAUUGGCUAUCACACCCUGAUGACGUCGAGAGGCUCUACAGGGAGCUCCCCAACGCGAAAGACCACUACAUGGUAGCCGAUGACCAAUUCACUAAUAUGGACUUCCUGUUCUCUAAGAAGGCGCCCCAAUUUGUUUACGAAAGACUGAUCGAAAAUAUCAAGCAGGAUUCAACAAUGUGA